CAGGGUUCAAGUGGGUAAUCACAGGGUAGUGCCCUCGUUUCCCCAUUACCGCCAUUGUGAUGGACUCCAGCUCAGUGUUAUUUCUCUUUGGUGCGCAACCGAAAUGGAUCACAGUCCUAUGGGCCGUGGUCUGUGUUGCGGUCAUCUCCAGAGUACUGCAGUUUCGACAUAAACUCCAGGCCGCAAAUAAUCUUCCAGGCUACAGGCCAGUAUUUUAUCCCUUGGGACCCCCGGGGGCUUUCUUCUCUUCGACGCGAUGGUACAAUGGUAUUGACCUACAUUGGGCGAGGCGUUUCCAGAUGUACAGGAGCGGCGAGAAUGUGUCGGUAGUUCCCUGGUUUGGAGGUCCUCCUGCGAUUUAUACUUCCAAUCUGGAUGUGACACGCCAGGUUGCGUCGGGGGGUCACAAGUCGGAUUUCAUCAAGCCUCAGGAGGCUAGCAGAAUUCUACUAGGAUGGGGUAUGAAUUUAGUCGCAGCUGAUGGGGAAGUAUGGCGCCGACAUCGUCGAAUCAUGGGUCCUGCAUUUAACAAUGACUUGUACAAGCUGGUCUGGAAUAAAACACAGAAAAUCUACUACGAAAUGCUGGCUGCUGACCAAUGGGCUAACAAGCAUGAAGUUUCAGUGCCAGCAAUACAGAGGAUUACGUUCAAGCUCGCCUUGUCUGUGAUCGCUAUGUGCGGCUUCGGCAUCUCAUUUGAUUGGAAGGAGCCUUCGAGAUCCGAAAACGGCACCAUGUCCAUACAAGAAGCAUUUAGGAUAAUAUCAGAUACCGGAACUUUUGCGGUCUUUGCUCCCAAGUGGGUCAAGCGUCUUCCAUUAAAAUAUAUUCGGGAUUCUACUAUGGCGCAUGAACAGCUGUCGCAAUUCAUGAAAGACGAGGUAGUACGACGACGCGCGCAAAUCGCCAACGGAGAGAUUGAUUUCGAGGCGGACAAUUUGGAAACACGCACGAUUUUCAAUUUGCUUGUGAAAGCCAGCGAAGAGGAAGGAGGAAAAUACUCGUUAGAUGAUGAAGAAUUGAUUGGAAAUGUCUUCAUCAUGCUAUUUGCUGGACACGAAACCACCGCACAGACACUGGCAACAACGCUGGGAUUUCUGGCCAUUCAUGAUGACAUUCAAGAUGAAGUCUAUGAGCAGAUCAAGUCCGUCUUGUCUGAUCACACGGACCCUACAUUUGAUGACUACCCGAAGCUUGACAAAGUCCUGGCGGUCUUCUACGAGGCGACUCGAAUGAUUCCCCCAGGGCACCUCAUGAUCCGAGAAGCUACAAAGGAUACAGUCAUUCAAGUGCCAAGACCAAUGGGCGAUGAGGGGACAAUUUCCAUGCCAAUACCCAAGGGUUUCCGUAUCAUAGUUGAUAUGGUUGGCGUCCAGUACAAUCCUCGGUAUUUUGACGAGCCCGAAAAGUUCAAGCCUUCUAGGUGGCACGGUAUUUCUAAUGAAUCUGAAGCAUUCACCGCCUUUAGUGUCGGUCCGCGGGCAUGCCUUGGGAGGAAGGUAGCUACCACCGAGGCAGUGUGUUUCUUGACGCUGCUUCUCCGAGAGUGGUCAGUCAAGCCUAUUCUUAGGGAAGGCGAGUCGAAGCAGGCCUGGAAGGACAGAGUAUUGGAUGGGGUGAUGAUGAUAACCUUGGGUGUUAAGGAUGUCCCUGUGACAUUCGUCCGACGACAUUGAUCAUGUAACAACACGUUUUCGUAUCGUUCCGUUCUAACUCACUGAUGUCUGGUUCGGUCUAAUUUCAAACUUUCACUUUGUUGGGAUUUUGCCGGAAAGUUCUAGAAAGGGCAAUCCGGCAUCAUGCCGAGAGUUGUAGUAAAUUCUAGAUAUAAGCCUGGAGAGUACAAAUACAGGCUCUGUAGGAGCUGUAGAAUAACAAGUUCAUACCAUCUG